GAAAAACAGAGAAAUGAAGGAAGAGAAAAGAAAAAAGCGAAAGCGGAAAGUGGCCCAAGAGGCACAGGAAGAAUCUGAAACUGAACAGAAGAAAGAAAAACAAGAUCUGAAGGCAACAAAUGAAGAGGAAGAUCUUACUGCAGAGGAAAGACGGAAACUGGAAAGAAAAUUGAAGAAAGAGCGAAAGAAAGAAGAAAAAAAGCUGAUGAGGGAAGCUGGAAUCUCUCCUAAAAAAGAGGUGCCCCAAAAGCCAUCAGGAUCUGAGCUGGCUCUGGCCUAUUUAACUAGCUGGUCUGAGAAACCAGAAGAAUGGAAAUUUCAAAAGACAAGACAAACGUGGCUUCUUUUGCACAUGUAUGACAAGGAGAAGGUUCCAGAUGAGUAUUUCUCCAUCUUACUGGAUUAUCUGCAGGGCCUGAAAGGCAGCGCGCGAGACGUGACCGUGCAGAAAGCUGAAGCCCUCAUGAAAGAACUCGACGAUUCUGAUGCGGAGGCUGCAGGCCUAGAGGAGAAGAGCGAGCGCAUACGCCAGGUUCUGCAACUGCUGUCCUGAGCCUGCUCUUCCUGGUGGAGACGAGGAUAGAGCAUCACAUACGGAUACUAAAAAUUAAUUGCAAAGACAUGUUUUCAUAAAGAAUCUUAAUACUAAAUUUUUAAGCUUUGAACUCUGUAUUUUCUUUUCCAAUUACAGUUGUUUAUCAUGUGCUACAGUGACGUCAAAACCAAACCUCAUCUUUGCAUCAUAGACAUGCUAUUUUGAUUAAGGGUAAUCUUACUAAAUGUCUCGAAAAAUCAGCUGUUUUUUCAUGUUGUUGUUUUUUCUACUUCUCUACGCAAUUACUGUUAAAUGAGAGGAGCUUUGCAGUUUUUACUAAGACUAUAGCAACCGCCCGAAAGGCGGGAGGUUCUUCAGGAAUGGCAGCUUUUGCAGUGAGCACGGUACAGUGCUAGCUCAGCCAGCUGCAAUCUGUCACUUCCAGCUUCAGAAGCAUGUCGUUUGGAUUUGGGAAAGAUCAUUUUCAGGCUGUUGAACACGAGUUGUAUAACGCAGUUGCUUAUUAGUGCUUUAAGUGGUGAUCUGGAGAUACUGUCAGCUGUGUAAGGGUCCUUUUAUAUUAAAGUUUUCAAGAGCUUUAUGGCAAUUGUUUAGGUAUUCAGAUAAUGUACAGCUGAGAAUAGAUGAAACCUUUGGAAAGUAUGUAUUGAAAUCAUGUGAUUGUACCUAAACUGACACUGUGAUGAGAAGCACUGUGUAUAUCCAGCCUCUUGUGUAUAGUCUGCCAAUAUUACAUUUUUGUCUUUCUCUUAUAAUUAUUGUCCUGAAA